AUGAAAGCACCCAAUUCUUUCUGGAACCCUGGUCUCUGGUGCAAAUUCUACCGAGACCACGGUCACAAAACGGAGGACUGUGUCGUACUAAGGAUCAUGGUCAACGAAUUGCUCAAGAAAGGGCACCUCAGGGAGUUCCUUUUCGAAAAGGCCAAGAGCCAUCUUAGCAAGGAGACAAUCGGAAAUCUCAUUGAAGUUGCUCUUGUCUCGCCACCUCGACAGGACCGAGUGAUCCAUGUCAUAUCAGGUAGUUCGAAGAUCAGCAGUGUAAACCACGCAGCCGCGAAGAAAAGCACCUGGAACGCCAAGCAUGGCCUAGAGGAAGCCAAGCCGAAACGCCCGCUCCUGGAUACAGACGAGAUAAGCUUCACGGCCAAGGAGCAUGAAAGGGUUCUCACCCCACAUCAUGACGCCCUGGUCAUAUCGCUAAUUGUAGCGAAUUGCCUGGCCGCAUACAAGGAUCUAGGACUGGAGAAAAACGCUCUUACUCGGAGGAUAACUCCACUCAUAGGAUUCAUCGGGGAAGUCAAGCAGACUACCGGAGAGGUGACCCUCACGGUAUACUCUAAAGGGAUCAACAUGUCAACCAAGGUUCUUGUCGUUGACUGCGAUUCAUCCUACAACAUGAUACUGGGACGGCUCUGGAUUCACGACAUGGAAGCUGUCCCUUGA